UCCUCCGUAGUUUCCACACGGGGACAGCCUACGUGUUUUCCUCCUGAGGUGAAGUGCACAGUGCGUUUCAGCACACGUCUGGUAAUGGACCUAAAGCGUCGCAGGUUUGUCCCGUGUUUGAGCAAUUUUUAAAAUUCAGUCAUCUCACUGUUGUGAUCCGCCUCCUCAUCAUCAGCCCCAGCGGGAACAGCGACGAGAAGAUGGGCUGCUGCUCGGCGCGAUGCAUGCUGAUCCUCCUGUGCUGUCUGCAGUUGAUAACUGCGCUGGAGAGGCAGGUGUUCGACUUCCUCGGCUACCAAUGGGCUCCCAUCAUGGUCAACUUCUUUCACAUCAUCAUGGUCAUCCUGGGCCUCUUUGGUGUCAUCCAGUACAGAUCACGUUAUGUUAUUUUGUACCUGCUGUGGACAUUGCUGUGGGUUGGCUGGAAUGUCUUUGUCAGCUGUCUCUACUUGGACUUGGCAGGGCUUUCAAAGGACAGUGAUAUACUCUCCCUGGGAGUGUCGUCACAUCGCUCGUGGUGGAGGGACAACGGGCCGGGGUGUGAGAGCCACGGCCUACCCGCCGCUCAGUGGCAGAACCAGCAAAACCCGGAGCUGACCACAGUGCUGAGCUGCUGGCUGGAAUACCAGUACAUAGAAAUCCUGCACUGCGUUGUGCAGCUCCUUGUAUCACUCCUGGGAUUUGUUUAUGCCUGCUACGUUGUGAGCACUUACUCAGAUGAAGAAGACAGCUUUAAUUUCCUUGGUGAAUUUCAUCAUCCAUCCAAACCGUCUCAGUUGAUCUUCUAAUGUAAAAGCCUGUGGGUAGAUUAUAAAUAACCACAAAAUGAAGUGGUUGAGGAAAAGCAAAGAAGGAGUCGGCCAGAAGAGAAAACAACUUUGAAGACUGUCAGCAUGUGAUUGCUGUGGCCUGGUGGUCUAUAAAAUCAUCUAUCAUGAAUGCUUAACCUCACAGUGAACAAAAGCACACAAUGUUUUUCCCUCAGACCUCAGAUUAUGUAAAACUAAAUGUAAAUCUACCUGUGUGUGAGUGUGUGUGUGUGUGCGCGUGUGUGUGUGAAUGUGAUAGAAAUCAGUCAAUAUUAAGCACUCAAGUACAACAGAAAAGUGUGAUUUGAAAGGUGUAAAUAAGCAGCUGAUUCUUUUUGAUGUUUUGUAUAAAUUAUGUAUCAUUUUAGUUAGAAAAAGCGACCAUCCCAACUUGUGUAUGGUGAAAUAAAUCACGAUUCUGCUUUUCUGCUCUU